AACAAUGGGGCUGGCGCUGGAGGUAAACAAGGCUCAGGCUCGGGACUACUAUAAUUAAUUCCAAAGCCACAGUAGGACUUGAAAGUUGAGAACAACCAAGUUAUAACUGACAAUGAAAAGGCAGCGGUUCACACUGGAAAAAGACAAUUUCAUGUGAGACAAUCGGGAAGACCAUUGCCAAAUUAAAAGAAUCAAAAGCUCUAGAUGUGCUAAUAUCAAGUCAACUCUCAUAUCGGAACUUUUGUACACUUGGCAGAUGGGUAAGUAGAGUUAGCCAUCAGCCAGCUCGACAGAAGUUUCAGCGAACCAUGGCGAGUGCAGGAGAGGGAACUUCUAAUGUCAGCAGUGUUAAAGAAAACCAGUUGGCCUCAGAAAAGUCUCCAUAUCUUUUGCAACAUGCAAAUAAUCCUGUACACUGGUAUCCCUGGGGGGAUGAAGCAUUUGCCGCAGCUCGACAAGAGAAUAAACUAAUUUUUUUGAGCGUAGGAUAUUCCACGUGCCAUUGGUGUCACGUUAUGGAGAGAGAAAGUUUUGAGAAUCCUGAGAUAGCAAAAAUAAUGAAUGCCAAUUUCAUCAAUAUUAAAGUGGACAGAGAAGAGAGACCAGAUGUGGAUAGAGUCUACAUGACGUUUGUUACGUCUCUCAGCGGUAGUGGUGGAUGGCCUAUGAGUGUGUGGCUGACCCCAGACCUCAAGCCUGUGUAUGGCGGCACAUAUUUCCCACCCACUGACCGCUACUAUGGACAGCCAGGAUUUCCCCAACUUCUCGUGUCUAUUGUUUCUCAGUGGCAAGAGAACAAGAAAAGAUUCAAGGAGUCAGGAGUGAAGAUAAUGGAGGUACUGGACAGAACGUCACGACUACCAGCCCCCGGUACUACCACCAUACCAGGAGAAGAGGCAGUUGCCAAGUGCUUUGCCCAGCUGUCCAGUUCAUACGAGCGAAAGUUUGGAGGGUUUAGUGAGUCGCCUAAGUUUCCACAACCAUCCAACUUCAACUUCUUGUUUACCUAUCAUGCGUUACACCCUAAUCGGGAUGAUGCAAAGCGAGGUUUAGAAAUGGCGCUUCAUACCCUGACAAAAAUGGAUCGAGGUGGCAUUCAUGAUCACAUAUCUCGGGGUUUUGCCAGGUACUCGACAGAUGAAAGAUGGCACGUUCCUCAUUUUGAGAAGAUGCUUUAUGACCAAUCCCAGCUGACUGUCUCCUAUCUUGAUGCGUUUGUUGCCUCUGGCAAGACGAGGUUUGCAGAUGUUGUGAGAGACAUUUUAACGUACGUGAUGCGAGACCUCAGUCACCCAUGUGGAGGGUUUUAUAGUGCUGAAGAUGCCGAUUCACUGCCAACCGCUGAUGCAAAAGAAAAGUGUGAGGGGGCAUUCUGCGUGUGGACCCACCAGGAGAUCACCGAACUUUUACCGGACCCGGUGAAGGAAGGGCACGAGGCCACUUUGGCCAAAGUCUUUUGCCACCAUUACUCGGUGUCAAAGGGUGGUAAUGUUAAUCCUUAUCAGGAUCCCCACGACGAACUAAAGAACAAAAAUGUCCUCAUAGAGCACGAUACAAUUGAGGAAACUGGAAAGGAAUUUGGAGUGGAUGAGGAGGAGUGUAAAGAAGCUCUUGCCAAGGCCAGGCAGAUAUUGUAUAACAGAAGACAGCAGAGACCCAGACCACACCUUGACGACAAGAUGGUCACCUCGUGGAAUGGUAUGAUGCUAGGAGCCAUUGCAAGAGCUGGUGCGGUCCUCGAAGAUGAGACAUACAUACAGAGGGCUUUAAAGGCUGCUGAGUUUGUCAUGACCUAUCUUUACAAGGAUGAGAAAUUGCUUAGGGCUGUUUAUGCUGAUACAAAUAAUGAAAUAUCACUUGGCUCGUGCAUUGAAGGAUUUGCUGAUGAUUACGCAUGGAUCAUCCGAGGGUUUAUCAACCUGUAUGAGGCUACACUGGACACCGAGUGGCUGAAGUUAGCCGAGAAAAUUCAAGAUAAGCAAAAUGAGCUGUUCUGGGACUCAAAAGGGAAUGGCUAUUACAUGACUCAAUCUGGGGACGAGUCAAUUCUACUGAGAAUUAAAGAAGACCAGGAUGGAGCAGAGCCCUCAGCCAACUCAGUCUCUGUGGGGAACUUAAUACGGCUGAGAUACCUUUUGGGUCGCUCAGACUAUAGCACCAAGGCAGAGGCUAUAUUUUGCCUUUUUUCCGACCGACUGAACAAGAUUCCUAUUGCUCUUCCAGAAAUGACAACAGCCCUCUUGUUACAUCAGAAACCACCAGUGCAGAUUAUCCUGGCAGGAAAAAAUGGCAGCGAUUCUUUGAAAAAGAUGAUUAAAAUAAUCCACUCAGAGGCUAUCCCAAAUCGAGUCAUUUUGCUGGCAGAUGAUAAUAAAGAUUCAUUCAUGUACUCCCGACACUCCUCCCUCAGCAGGUACCACCCCGUCACUAAUGAUGAAACUCUUGCUUAUGUCUGCCAGAAUUUCAAAUGUAUGUUACCUGUCAACACCCCGGAUCAACUUAGGGAUAUCUUGAGAAAUCGUGGAGAAAGUUCUCGAUUAAAAUGCAAGUAAAAUGAGAUGGCUGUACCUACAUAUUGCUCAUUAGUAUUGCUCUAUUUAAUUAGUUCAAUUUUUUUUUGUAUGUAUAAAGCAAAAGCUAGCAGAGAACAAUCUUCAUGGUGAGUAUUAAUGUUGCACUGUUAUUCUCGUUUUUUCCAAAGAGUUGAUUGUGCAGAAUGACUAAACAGUUGAUUGGGACUUCUACCACAGUUGUAAUAUCACAUGACGCCUGUUUAUGUAGUUCAUCCCAGUGCUUUAAUUGGAAUUUAAUAUUCCUUUACUUAAAUUCCCUUAUAUUGUAGGUCUAAUAAGAAGUUUUCACUUUGUAAAAAGUUUAUUGCAUGUUUUAUAUAUGCUGUGUGUAUAUUGUGUGUGUGUGUAAUUCUGUAAGUUAUUAAAUAAAUGUAGUUAUAGUAUGAGAGCCAAGCUCGUGGAGUGUCCCAUCUUCCUUAUAGUUUUUAUCAUACUGCAAAGAGUUUUGAAGCUUCUGAUGGUGCCUGCACAUAUGGGUGCAGGCCAUAUGUGGCUGCACCCAUAUGUGCAGGCACAUCUUCGCUUUAAUGGCUAAAGUGAAGGAGCAACUUUGGCUACUACACCGUCAUAUAAGACGAAAAUCAACAGUAUGAGUACCAAGUUACUAGACUAUAUCAAAUAUGAGAUGAAGACUUCACAGGGAAGACUUCACGUCUCGGAAGAAGUCAGCAAAAAGAUUCCAGGAAGUUUUCAACAUUGUACUAGAGUGAAGGGCUGGUGCAAAUGAUGAUGAAAGGGUGGAAACCAUUGUGGGGAAAAUGGUACAGUAGUAACUUAGGAAGAGUUAAGGAAAGUAUUAGAUGUAAACCAGAGCAAAUUUUACUGAAGAUAUUGAAAGAGGCAGCAGAGUUACUACAUAACCCUCUGACUAAGGUCAGUAAUGUGGUGCCUAUAUUUGAGAAAGAAAAUAAAUAGACAUGAGGACUUAAACUACAGACUUGUGUCAUAUGGCAUGUGUACCUUGUAUAAUGCUGGAGACAAUGAUAGGAAACAGAAUAGUGUAACAUCUACAGUGAAAUAACUUAGCAACUUAUGUAAGUUACAAAAAUGCAUGAUUUUAGAAAAGGAGAGGCCUGUCUUACAAACUUGAUUGAGUUCUUUGCAUAGGUUACCAAGAUUUAGCAUUUUUGCAUUACAUUGUGGCUAUGUUCCUAGUGACUACCAUACUACGCACACAAUCGACUUCUCCGUUAAAAUACAAGUCAGUUGUGAGCAUUCACAAGGUCAGUGUGUAUUUGGGCAUUGUGCUGUGAUGUAACAUCUCAGUUGUGCAAAUCUCGUACUCCUCCAAUUCAUUCAUAGCCGAAGCUUCCUUGUGCAUGGCCAAACUUGACCCCAUGCACUAAAAACUGUGGCCCUAGAAACUAAGUUGUCCAUUUCUAAUUUCAUGCUCUUUGAACUUACCUUACAGCCCCUCUCUUGAGCCAGGUAAGCUCACUACGGGCUCACCAUAGCCCAUGCUACUCACAACUUUUUGCUUUGAGUAGCUGAAUCUUAAACAACAAACAACAAUUUGCCUUGCCUAUUAUGUAGCACGUGAAUAAGCAAUACCUUUCAAGGGACCGAGUGCCGAGAUGCCAGGCUUACAUUCAGACAAUACCUUUCAAGGGACCGAGUGCCGAGAUGCCAGGCUUACAUUCAGACAAUACCUUUCAAGGGACCGAGUGCCGAGAUGCCAGGCUUACAUUCAGACAAUACCUUUCAAGGGACCGAGUGCCGAGAUGCCAGGCUUACAUUCAGACAAUACCUUUCAAGGGACAGAGUGCCGAGAUGCCAGGCUUACAUUCAGACAAUACCUUUCAAGGGACAGAGUGCCGAGAUGCCAGGCUUACAUUCAGACAAUACCUUUCAAGGGACCGAGUGCCGAGAUGCCAGGCUUACAUUCAGACAAUACCUUUCAAGGGACCGAGUGCCGAGAUGCCAGGCUUACAUUCAGACAAUACCUUUCAAGGGACCGAGUGCCGAGAUGCCAGGCUUACAUUCAGACAAUACCUUUCACUUUUGCAGCCACUUAUUAUUCAUACAAUGUAUUUAGCUGGUUUUAUUUAGCUGGUAUUUAGCAAGUAGAUCAUGAAGCUCAUCACAUUCAGACUUGAGAAGGUGUUUGUAGGCUAUCAUCUUUGAGCUAUUGCCUUCACAUUUCAACUUGUUGGUGCAGUCAGGAUAUCUGUUAUUUUCAUAUCUGGCUGAUCAAUUGUGUUUUAUUUAGAGAAUCAUAAUUAAUGUUUCUUAAGUCUUGUAUCAUAUUUUGAUUGAAGCACAGUCACUGUAUUCACUCUGUGCAACCCUUACAUGUCUACCUAAUUGCAGAAAUUAUUGUCAUGGUCUCGGCUGUAUUAUUAAGAAUUCAGAUUUUAUAUUUUUGUAUACCAUCCUCUUAAUUUAUUUGGUGAAUAUUACAUGAGUAUAUUUGUGUCUUGCCAUAUUAUGAGAUUCUUCCCCAUUGAUGCCCUUGUUGAUGAAGCAGUUAGCUCCAUAUGCAUAUUAGAGUUUUAAACUGUUUUGUUUUAUACAGUACAGUGGAAACCCACUCAAAAUGAAUGACUCUUGUCAGAUCUGUCGUUGCAUCUUAUACAGUAUAUCACUGCAUCCAAUUUUUGCUAUUUUCUCUUGACAUUCUUGCACUACAUAUUGUUUUUAAUAGAACAAAUGACAGAGCAUGAUUUAUUUUGUAUACAGUAUUUUGUAGACAAAAAGCAUUUUGAGAAAAGUAUUUUUAAUAUUCAUAAUACUUUCAUAUUUGUUAGGGGGGACAAAAAAUUUUGGAUGAGCAAAUAUAAGAUUUGUCACACUUGUGUUUUGUGUUGCCACUUGUCCUAUGAUCAGAGUGGAAUCUUUCUGAUUUUAAGUUGAACUGGAUCCAAUUUCAGUAGAUUUCUGUUAUGCUGUAUUUUUUAUAAUAAAACAAAAAAACUUAUUUUAUUUGUACUCAAGAUGUUAAAUAAUUAAAAGUUUACUUGUGAACAUAUUGUAUAUUUUUAGUACUAGUGUCUGUUAUAAAUUAGACUAAGAUACAUUAUCAUACACACAGAAAUCACAAUAACGUGAUAUCUCAAAUGAACAAAUCCACAAGGGCCGUGAUGAGGGCUCAAACCUACGCUCUGGAUGUUCCCAGACGUGCUCUAGUCAACUGUACCACCACAUGGUAAAAGAAUUGCAACCUGGAGUGCUACUGCCCCCCACAAGGAUCCUGAGGCUUCCACUGAAACCUAACUAGGGUUUUACUUAACACUUUCGCGCUCUGCACAAGCGAGCCUCUCACUAUCUAAGGUGGGUCUGGGCAUAUCCGUGCACUCCCCGGGAGCAUGCCGUAAUUCUGAAAAGUGUACUCUUUUCAACUUUAUCACCUCAAUUCUCAUCCUAGGAUUUUCAAUUUGGUAUCAUUGUGUUCGCAAUAGAAUUCUCUACAGGACUAAAGGCAUAUAAACUGCAAAAGCCCGGCUUACCACCCGCAGCAACCAGAGAAAUUGAGAGCGAGUUACCCGGGAGCGCCCAAGAGCAAUAAUAUGUGUACACUCUUUUCACUUUGGUCCCCUCAAUUCUCGUCCUAGAUCUUUCAUUUUGGUAUCAAUGUAUUCGGAAUAGAAUUCCCAACAGGAGUAUAUGCAUAUAAUGUACAAAACUGCAGUGUGCUCCACCCGCUGACAAGAUGAAAGAGAGCACUUCGCCACCCCAAGGCUCCUCUCAUUACAUUGGAGAGCGCGGUAAUACUGAAGAGUGUAUACUCUUUUCAACUUUGUCACCUCAAUUCUCGUCCUAGGAUUUUUAAUUUGGUAUCAUUGUGUUUGCAAUAGAAUUUUCCACAGGACUAAAUGCAUAUAAAGCCCAAAAGCUCUGCAAGAAAGUGAGAAAGUGAGAGCAUGUUACCUGGGAGUGCGUAAGAUAAAAAAAAAAAUGUGUACACUCUCUUCACUUUGGACAUCUCAAUUCUUGACCUAGGUCUUUCAUUUUGGUAUCAUUUUGUUUGCAAUAGAAUUCCCUACAGGAGUAUAUGCAAAUAUAAAGUCCAAAAACCUGGCGUACCACCCACAGCAAACAGAAAGUGACAGUGUUACCCCCAGUGAGUGCUAAUAAAGAGCAAUAAAAUGCGUAUACUCUUUUCAACUUUUUUUUACCUCAAUUCUGGUCCUAGGUCUUUCAUUUAGGUAUCAAUGUAUUCGCAAUGAAAUUCCCUACAGGAGUAUAUGCAUAUAAUGUCCAAAAAUUGUGGCAAGACCUUCCUGAAAACGCCGCUACGUUGCCGAACCGACGACUCAAUGCCGAGUCCUUUCCGGACUUCCCUCUAUUUAACAGAGGACUCGGUGCUGAGUUUUUACUGAGUGAAAGUGCUAACUGGCAUGGGGAAAUUGUGUGAAACCCAGGUUAGGCUUCAGUGGAAGCCUCGGGAUCCUCGUGGGGGCAGUAGCACUCCGGGUUGCAAUUUUUUUAAUAUGUUGUGCUACAGUUUACUAGAGCACGUCUGGUAACAUCCAGCGCGUAGGUUCGAACCUUCAUCAAGCCCCUUGUGGAUUUGUUCAUACACUUUAUACACACACACACACAUUGUAAAAUUAAAAUAUUAACCCAUUUUUUUGAAAACGUGAGGAAAUGUAGACUGCGUAUUUUGAUCCCAAUCCGGGAUCCUCUUCAGCACUAUCAAAGAGUAUCCCGGGUUGGGAGAUCGAAAUAUACAGUCUACGUUUCCUCGUGUUUUUAAAAUACUGGUUAUUAUUUUCAUAUACGGUAUAUACUGUAUAUAUUAAUAUUAUAUUGUACUCAUAUAUAGUGUACUGUAUAUAGUUAUUACCUUUCCUCUAGAGAAUGUUAAAAGCAAACGGUAUAGCCCCAUAUUGCGGUAAUGUGUAGCUAAGUAAGAACAGUCCAUUAAGCUUCCAUGAGUAUCAGUGUACAUAAGUCUCAUAAUAUGGAAUGCUGGUUAUAUAUUCAAUACAAAAGUUGCAUUUAAGGUAUUACUGUACAGUACAUAAUGUAUAAAUAUUAUCAUAUAGUAAUGGUUAUACGAGGUUUAGUGUUAGUUGGGAAUAAUGAUUCAUGUCUACCUAACUAUUUAAAUUAGUGCAAGUAUCAUAGCUUUAUUUUGUCGUCAAACACCGUUGUUUGUACCUUUAAUUAUUUUAUUAAGCUAACCUUUCACCGAGUCUUUCAUGUUACUGAUCAUCGCAGCCCCUGUGGCAUGGGAUAUAAAAAUAUAACUUUCAGUUGAUGUGAAUCUGUGUGUUGGGUGAUCAGUGCACACUUUGUGUAAGUGGAGGUCAGCUGUUGUAAGGCUGGUGGAGAAUUCUGUAAGCAUCCACCUGCUGUAAAUACAUGAAAGGGGUACAUAUGUCAAGUAACUUGUGUAUAAUAAGUAGUACACAGGUCCACACUGGCAGCACUUUGGGAGCUUCAUAAUUAAGAAAACACGGAUGAUCCCUUGACCAGACAGAGUUACUGAAGUGUAGCUGUUGUAGCAUGCAGACCCACAAUCAUUCAUUCAAGUUAUUCAUGUCAAGAGAGUGGACUUUGCUAGCCAUUAUUGUUUGGGGUUUACCACCCAACAAGACUGGCAGAUUUCACAAAGGCAGGCAGCCUUUUAUUAGAUACCAAAUAUUCAUGUUUGUUUUAAUUCCCUAGGUAAUAAGAGACCAAGUGCCAUAGUGUGAAUCACGGCACCUCAUAAAUAACAGAACGGCUUUUGUUUAUUUUUGAUGCUGCAUAUUUGUCCUUAUAUAAGCUAAUUGUUAAUGUCUUUAGCUGGUAUGCUAAAAAUAGUAAUGCAAACACUCCUCAUAUACAGUACAUAUAUAUAUAUACUGCAUGCAUAUCUAUGUUUAGAUUCAUAGUAUAUUAUAUUGGAAAAUUAUAUUUAAAAUAUAUGGAACACACACAUGCUCAGGAGAAGCGAGAUAUAAACAGUUGAGCAGCCACAUGCACAAGCACUGAACAAUAAUCAGUGCUAUGUUUUAGCAGAUGCCCUUUUGGUCGUCAUUGGUGACGACUUUGUAUUUUCUUUCAUAUUAAAGUGGCUGUAGCACAGCAAUUCUUAAAA